AUGUUUCACCGUAUCAAUAUACGGGACAGCGACAUGCAUGCUCAGCGAUUUUUGUGGUGCGAUCACGGUGAUGAUCCUCAGCAACCAAGUAUUUAUGUCAUGCGAGCGUUGACCUUCGGACUGAACUGCGCUCCGUUUAUUGCCCACUACAUACGUGACAAAAACGCCGACCAUUUUGAAAAUGAACUUCCUCGAGCCGUAGAAGCUGUAAAGAAGAACCAUUACGUGGAUGACUUUAUUGACUGUGGAGAUGAUGAACAAUCUGCGUUAGAAUUGGCUCAACAAGUAAAAAAAAUUCAUGGCGCCGCUGGCUUCAAUAUACGUGGCUGGUCUUCAAAUUCCAAAUUUGUCGUGGAGCAGCUCGAAGAAGAUCCUAUGUCAGUUCAAUCCGUCAAAGAAUGGGGUUCAACCACGAAAGUCCUCGGUAUGUUUUGGGACCCUUUAAGCGAUAAUUUUAAAUAUAUUUGUAGAUUUGCGAGACUUCGUCGCGAUGUUAUUAACGAAUCGAUCAUACCAACGAAAAGAGAAGCACUCCAAGUUUUAAUGUCGAUCUUCGACCCUCUUGGAUUUGUUUGCUGCUACACCGUAGGGUUAAAGAUCUUGCUGCAAGAUGUAUGGCGAUCUGGUCUCGCCUGGGACGACCCGCUCCAAGACAAUCUUUUCGACAAAUGGAACCAGUGGAAGUCCAUUAUGCCAUUAAUAACAGCUGCCGGAAUACCUCGAUGUUAUUCACUAUUGCUGAAAGAUGCUGAAGAUGUUCAACUUCACACCUUUGUUGAUGCCGGGGAAAGCGCGUAUGCAGCCGUUUGCUACUUGCGUGUAUCAAAGGGAAACGACGUCACGGUUAGUCUAGUGGCUGGCAAAUCCAAAGUCACACCGCUAAAGCCAUUAUCGAUACCCAGACUAGAGUUGCAGGCGGCGGUAAUUGGGGUGAAGCUGGCGAACAUGGUAAGCAAUACGCAACGUAUUAACAUAAUGUCGAAAUAUUGGUGGACAGACUCAAAAACGGUGCUAAGAUGGAUGCGAAUGGACCCUAAAAACUUCCACCAAUUCGUGAUGCAUAGAAUAGGCGAAAUUCUAGAGGCGUCAAACGUAAGCCAGUGGCGGUGGGUUCCCUCGAGAAAUAAUCCCGCCGAUUUAGCUACAAAAACAACUACACGUCAGUGCUACCAAUUGUGGUUUACCGGCCCAAAUUUUUUAAGGUCGAGCGCAGAAGCUUGGCCGCAGUGCGAAGAGUUAAGCUUAGAGGAGUGCGACGAUUCGGAAAUUAAACAUUAUGUUCUACAUAUGAAAAAGGAACACAUGAACAACCUGAUGCUGAACGUGGAGCACUUUUCCAGCUGGAAACGUUUGUAUCGAGCUGUGGCUACAUUUUUAUUUUGCGUCGACCGAUUACGCUCAGUUGUGCUAGCAAGGCAACGAAAAACAUCCAUCGACUUUGACAUGAUUCAGAAAGCUCAAUGUCUUCUUAUAAGGUAUGCUCAGUCCAGUGAAUAUUGUGAAGAGAUCAGGUGCCUCAAACGCGGUAAGAAUAUUGACAACUCUAGCAAACUCUUUACUUUAAACGUUUACUUAGACACAGAUGGCAUAAUAAGAUGCAAAAGUCGAGUUGAACACUUAAACAACCAUGAAGAUAUUAUAGUGAUGCCUAAUUCUCAUCAUGUCACCUUUUUAAUAGUGCGUUGGGCUCACGAAAAUUUCCAUCACCUGAUGCAUGAGUCUGUAAUCAAUCAAAUUCGUGGUACAUACUUUAUAAAUCGACUGAGGGUGUUGUAUAAAAGAGUGCGCGCAGAGUGUCAAAAAUGUAAAAACCAUAGCUCAAUUCCUCAGCCGCCACAAAUGGCAGCGCUGCCGGCUGCAAGGAUUGCCGCUUUCGAGAGGCCCUUCACGUAUGUAGGUAUCGACUAUUUUGGCCCAUUGCUUGUCAUCGUGGGAAGAAGGCGGGAAAAGAGAUGGGGCGUUCUAUUUACAUGUCUAACGCUUCGCGCUAUACACAUCGAAGUUGCCCACAGCUUAAAUACCAGUUCCUGUAUCAUGGCGAUACGCAACUUUAUAUCACGACGCGGCUAUCCCAGGGAGAUAUUCUCGGACAACGGUACCAAUUUCAAGGCAUCUGAAAAAAUAAUUAGCGAGAGUCUGAAAAAUAUCGAUUUGAAUGGUAUCGCCUCAUCUUUCGACCGAGUAAAAUGGAGAUUUAAUCCACCAAGCACCCCCCAUAUGGAUGGUGCAUGGGAAAGGCUCGUGAGAUCAGUGAAGACUGUGCUUUAUGAAAUACUACCUUCAACAAGUUUCAGCGAUGAAAGCUUGCGAAGUGCAUUGAAUGAAGUAGAAUUUAUCCCGAACGCCCGCCCGCUUACAUUUGUUUCUUUGGAAAAUGGUGACGACGAGGCUCUUACUCCCAACCACUUGCUGAUUGGGUCAUCGGAUGGCUACAGGCCAAUAUGUAGCGACACCGUCAAUCUGCGUCAACGUUGGCAAUUGACCCAACAAUUCGCUGACCGCUUUUGGCAUCGAUGGGUGAAGGAAUAUAUACCGGUCAUCUCUAGACGUACCAAGUGGUUCACAAAACAACGCCCAGUACGUAUUGGCGAUGUCGUGGUAAUUGCAGACCAAGACCUGCCGAGGAACUGCUGGCCGAAAGGCAGAAUUGUAGAUGUGGUAAAAGCGAAGGAUGGCCAAGUUCGGAGCGCUAUGGUAGAAACCAAAUCAGGCAUUCUUCAUCGACCAAUUGCAAAAGUAGCGGUGUUAGAUGUCGGUACCUAG